AUGGCAUUUGUGUUGUGGCAGCACUGCCAAUAUCCGGCCACCAUCUUUUUGCUUUUGGUUUCUCACGAUGCCACCAAAGAAGGACGCGAAAUCGUCGGCUAAACAGCCACAAAAGACACAGAAGAAGAAGGAGGGUAGCGGUGGCGGAAAAGCCAAGAAGAAGAAGUGGUCAAAAGGCAAAGUCAGGGACAAGUUAAACAAUCAAAUUUUGUUUGACAAAGCCACUUAUGAAAAACUUUACAAGGAGGUGCCACAAUACAAGCUUAUCACGCCUUCAGUGGUAUCGGAACGUUUGAAGAUUCGAGGCUCUCUCGCCAAAAGGGCGCUGGUGGAAUUACGUGAUAAAGGUCUGAUCAGACAAGUCGUUCAGCACCAUUCCCAGGUGAUCUACACACGCGCUACCAAGGGUGAUGAUGCGUAAAUGUUUUACUAUUCGGGCAAUAGGAAUACAAUAGCAAACUUGUAUGAUAUAGCUUUGAUGGUAGAAUAAAACUAUUCGUUUCCUUUUAUAAGAA